CCGAAUCGACGAGUGGGGGAAAUUCGCGAUUCAAUUUGAGGUCAGUGUCGCAACUUGUUUGAAAGCAAAACUCUCUUCUAAUCAGUUGCAUACAGUGUUGGUACAUAUUAACACUUCAAUUUGCAAUCUUGAACCUUCACACACCACGCUAUUCAACCCAAAGAACCAAAGAAAACAAAACGCCAACCCCAAAACCCACAAACUCACCACACAUACACAAAAUCGAGAACGCACACGACCAAAUAAGAGGAAGUUGUUGUUAGGAGCCAUAACCCAAACCAAAAAGCAAAAACAAACCCUAAUGGUUGGUUUUAGUCUUUUUAAUUAAUUUAAUUUCUUUCUCUCUAUAUGUUAUUUAAAAAAUAUAAUAAUUAAGGGAUUGGAUUUGAAGAGGCUCGCGGGUGUUUGGAAGAGAAAGUUUAUGGUUAAACCGCAAUAUCUUCUUUUUCUUUUUCUUUUCUUCUUUCUCGUAGCGUAUGGAAAACCACCAAAACCACAAGGUAGAACCAGAACCUGACAUAGAGAAGAACCAUAACCACCGCCACCAACAGCAACAACACCGUAACGAAGCGUGGGGCACCUGGGAGGAGCUGUUGCUAGCGUGCGCCGUGAACCGCCAUGGCUUCACGGACUGGGACGCCGUCGCCAUGGAGGUCCAGUCGCGCACCACGCGCCUCCUCGCCACCGCGCGCCACUGCGAGCAGAAAUUUCAUGAUCUCAGCCGCCGAUUCGCCGUCCAAUGCAACGACGACGUUCCUCCGCCGCGCCAGAACGGCGCCGCCGCCGCUAUCUCUGAUCACGUCCCCUGGCUCGACGAAUUGCGCAAACUCCGCGUUGCCGAGCUCCGCCGCGACGUCCAACGCAGUGACGUUUCCAUUCUGUCGUUGCAGUUGGAGGUGAAGAGGUUGGAGGAGGAGAAAGCGCAGGAAAAAGACUUAAAGGACGACGAGAAACCAGAUCUGGCGGUUUCCGGCGAGUUGCGGCCGGAAAACGACAAAACCGGCGGAGAAGUGGAAGAGGCUGGACCGGCGAAUUCCGAACCGGAGGAAAGAACCGCGAACAACACAGACAAGACGUUGCCAACCACGGGCGACGAAUCAGACCGGGAGAACCAGUCGGUUAACGAGUCCAACUCGACCGGUUCGCGGUUCGAGAAAACCGGAGAUGGCGACGCGAAGACCGGAACCGGACCGGAUCCGGUUCAUACCGGUUCGCAGGAACCGGAUCCGGUCGAGCGGAAGGGAAAGCCGGUUGGAGAGGAAUCGAAUAACGGAAGCUACGAUGCGUUGGCGAAGGUGCCAACGUGCGAGUCGGUGCCUCCGAGUGAGGGGAGGAAAGUGGAGGAAGACGAUGACUCAUCCGAGUUACAUGACUCGGUGGCUCACUCGGGCGAAGGAGGGACGCGCGAGAGCAGCGAGGUGCAGAGCUCCGCGAGCUUAAUGCGUAAGAGGAAGACGCGGCGGAGGAAGGAGGUUUCCGGAGCCACUGACGCCUCGUGUCCGGCGGAGAACGACGAGGCGGCGACGGUGAAAUCAGAACCGUUGGUUGGGGUUUUGGAGUUGAUCAAGGGGCACGAACACAGCUCAUUGUUCGAGCGCCGUCUUGAUAGCCAGCAGGAUACGGAUAGAUACAAAGACCUAGUGAAACAGCCCAUGGACUUGGAAACCAUACAAUUGAGACUCCAAAAGGGUCACUAUUCCUCAUGCACCAGUGCAUUCUUCCGCGACCUCCUCCUCCUCUUCACCAACGCCACCGUGUUCUUCUCCCAUGACUCCCCGGAAUCGCAGGCGGGGCGGCAGCUGCACCGCCUUGCCACCGCGGAGAUGAAGAACCACGGCCAAGCACAAUCGGAUCCUAUCCCCCGGAAGAACGAUUCACUCCCUCCAAAUGCACCAUUAGCUAAACCAGAUUCUCUCCUUUCCAAGAACAAAGCCUCUGGUCCUAUAUUGGUUUGCCGCAAACGCAGUUCAAUGUCAUCCAAACCUUCCUCUGCCACCUUUGGCCAAAAGGGUGACCAACCCGUCUUCAAUGACAAGAAGGAAAGGCCAUCUUCUGAUGCAAAGCCACCCAUGAAGCCCUCUUCUUCUGAUACAGACGAAGAGGAGCUUCCCAAAGCUAAGGAAAAGCCUGUUACUGGAGCAAGAAGCUUGAGGCGGAGCAACAAGAACCUCAAUAGUAAUAGUAGUAAUAAUAAUAAUAAGAAACCGUCCUCUAUCUCCACUCCUAAGGCAGGGUCCUCGGGGAACAAGCCUUCGGAGACUGUUAAACCGGAAAAGAGCAAAGCAGAGGGGGGGGCAGACAAGAAGAGGAGUGCAGCUGCAGAUUUCCUGAAACGGAUUAAGCGCAACACUUCAGCGGAAGCAUCGAAGGGUGGUAGUGGCGGUGGAAGCGGGGGUGGAGGAGGAGGAGGAGGAGGAAGUAGCAGCAGCAGCAAAGGUGGUGGAGGUGGUAAUGGUGCCAAAGAGCAGAAGAAAAUGGUGAACAAUGGAAAGGGAGACAAAGGGAAAGAAAGGGCAUCAAGGCAUAAUAACGUUGGAGGAGGUUCAGGCUCUGCGGAUAAAAGGAAUAAUAAGAAUAUUGAGAACAGCUCUCAGUCAAAGAGGAGUGUUGGUAGACCUCCAAAGAAAGCAGCAGAGACAAAUGCAGGUAGUGCAAAGCGUGGGAGAGAAAAUAGUGCUAGUGCUGGAAAGGAUAAGCGACCCAAGAAACGUUCCAAGAAAUGAUUCCAAAUUUCAUGGUUAGCCUCUUUUGUUUGUCCUCUGUAUAUUAAUUAUUAUUAUUACUAUUGUCAAAGCAUGUAUUUCUUUCUUUAUUUUAUUUUAUACUGCUAAUUUAUUGAUCAGCUGUAGCCUGUAGUCAGUUGCUAGGUACAUGUAACAGUAUUUUGAUUUGGGCUAAAACCUUGUAACAACAUUGUCCUCUUGGGGACUGCUUUUCUUGAUUUUUUGGUUUAACAGGAAAGUAUAGUCAAAGCUUGUGCUUGUUUUGGUCA